UGCACCCCGAGGCGAGGCGGUAGAGGCAUAGCAACCCAGCCGAUUACCUACCUGUCCACUUGUCCCUCGUACCUCCCACCCGCUCUCCGUUGCCAACUUGGUUGGUCGCCAUGGCGGGCCUCCGUCUCGCCGCGUGCGCCGUGCUCCUCUGCGUCCUCCUCUCGCCCUCCUCCGCCCUCCGCUGGCUCGCCGACCCCGCGCCGGAGACCGCCGCCGCCGCCGCAGGACAUGAUAGCUACCGGACCGCCUACCACUUCCAGCCCGCCAACAACUGGCAGAACGGUAGGGAAUCACCGCCUCUCUCCGUCGUGUUGCUCAAGCCCAAUCACGGGUUCAUUCAUUCACUCGGCUAACCUGAAUCUUCUCUGUUUCCUGUCG